GCCUGUCCACCAAUUACUGGCCUGUUUACUGGAAAAGUCAACUGCUGGGGAAUGCCAAGAGUCCCUAGCAACACCCGGUGGCUUUUGAAAUCAGAGGAGGAGAGAUUGUGGUCAGCUAUUAGUGGAGGAGAGCUUCUAUGCCUCAGGAAGAGCGGGUUCUCAGGAUGGACAGUCUACCAGAUGAAGAACCCUUAGAUAAACGAAAUGAAAAACAGAAAAAUGAGGAAGAGGACAUGGAGUUUAAGGAACUGGAAGGGCUGAGGGACGCCUUGGCAAACCUGCGGGAUCUGUCUGAGGAGGAGAAGGGUGAGAAGGCAAUGCUUUGCUCCCGUAUCCAAGAGCAGUCCCAGCUCAUUUGUAUUCUGAAGCGGAGGGCUGAUGAAGCCCUGGAACGCUGCCAGAUCCUGGAGCUGCUCAAGGAAGAGCUGGAGGAAAAGAGGAUGCAGGAGGCAGAAAAGCUGAAAGCCCAGAGUGAGCAUGCCCAGAAGCUGGAGGAACGCUUCAAGAUCCUGGCAGCCAACCACGAGUUGAUGAUCCGCUUCAAGGAUGAACACAAGAAUCAGAAUAUCAAGCUGAGGGAAGAGAAUGAGAAGCUGAGACUGGAAAACAGCAAACUCUUCAGCCAGGCUCUGAAGGACAAGGAGGCCAAAGUGUUGCAGCUGACCACCAAGAGCCAGGCCCUCACCAAGGAGCUGGAGGCUCUGAAACAGAGGUGUGCGCGGGAUGCCUGCCAGGCACAGGCCCGAGAAAAGGAGCUGCUGGAGCUGCAGAGCAAGCAGGCCUGCGCUCACAUCGAGGAGACAGAGCAGCUGCGCAGCCAGCUGCAGAGCCUCCAGCAGCAGUACCAACAGGCCAUGGAACAGAUGGCAAAGGCCCAGGAGAAACACAGCAGGCUGAGCCAGGAGCUGCAAACCAGGCUGCAGACCAUCACUCAAGAGAAAGAGGAGCUGCUGCAGCUGUCCAUGGAGAGGGGCAAGGUGCUUCAGAACAAACAGGCAGAGAUCCGGCAGCUGGAGGAGAAGUUGGAGACAGCAGACAUGGCUAGGAGGCAUGCACUAGAGAGGUUUGAGCAAGAGGCAGUGGCUGUGGACAGCAACUUGAGAGUCCAGGAACUUCAGCGCAGGGUGAAUGGGAUCCAAAAGGCUUACGAUGAACUCAGGCUGCAGUCAGAAGCCUUCAAAAAGCAUAGCCUGGAUCUUUUAAGCAAGGAGAGAGAACUCAAUGCCAAACUUCGCCAUCUCUUUCCAUAACUGUCUUCAAUUAAUAAUUCAAAUAUUUGUGCAUUAGCAUUAUGACAAGAGAAAAGAUGAUAUUCCAUUUAUUAUACUUUUAAGCACAAAAGGAAAAUUGAAAGAAAAUCUGCUUGACUAUAACAUUGCUGUUGUUACCAUUGUAAAGCUAACACUCAUUUUCAGUUCUACCAACUAGAAUAUAGAAGACUUAGCAGAGUUCCUCCUUGCCUGUGAAGUCUUCCUAAAUUUGCCAUCAGUAGCUCCCCCAUUGAAUGACUUAUUCAUUCUCAAUCUUAGAUGUCUUAAAAAAUCCUGAGAUUUUAAUUUAGCAGCUUCUGUGAUUCAAGUGUAUCUAAAAUGUAUACUAAGAUGUGCACAGUUAGUAACUAUACAUGGGUAGGCUUAUGUCCCACAUAGUUAAGAUAGCAAGCAAACACAUCAGCAUAAUAGCAUGAAUACAUUGCAGGAAAAGAAAAAGCUAUUUUAUUUUGCAUUAGCUUGACAAACAAAAAUUUAGAUCAGUAAUUUAUUUCCCAAAGCAGGCCAUCUUUAUUAUAGUCAUUCCAUAUGAGCAAUAAGAUUCCAAUUAGUUAAAUCAAUUUUUAUUUUGCUUUAUGCUUGGAUAUCACUCCAUUUUCUUAGUUUUCUCCUUAAUAAAGACAGGAUUUGGAUGUACAAUAAUGCAAAUAUCAAUAGUUUCUUUUAAUAUUGCAUAAUACGCUAAUAGAUAAAAGGCCUCAAUUUGGGGUAACAAGUCAUAGCAGACCUUUCAUGACUUAUACAGUAACUCACAGGUAUUGCUUUCUGUUUCUAUUAGUAUGUUUUCCUGUAAUUAACUUUUAAAAAAUAAGAUGAAUGCAUAUAUGUAUUCUUAGGCAUUUUUGUAGGAAUACCUCAAUUUCAUAAGAAGAGUUAUAAAAACACAAUAGCUAUCAUUUAUAUUUAUGUAACCUUCUUAAAAUUCUUAAG